AUGUCUUCAUCCUCUGGUCUUUUACAAACGGAUAGCAAAGUCAAGCCUGAUUCGAUCCCUCUCAAGGAAUACAAUAACGUCGAGAGUGGAUCGCUCCAUGAGAAAGAUAUCAAUGAUAUUGAAGAAGAUAAUGUCUUUGUCCAAACUGAAGAAGGACCGGAUUAUAGAGGUGUUACCCAGAUCGGUGCAGCCGUCUUAAUUGCCAAAUCUCAGCUUGGUCUGGGUGUGCUUGGUAUACCUUCAACACUUGAAGUGCUAGGCUUUGUCCCUGGAUUGAUCAGCUUGAUUGGGCUAUGUGUACUAGUUACCUGGACCGGGCUGGUCAUUGGUGAUUUCCGAAUUGCCCAUCCGAAAGUCUACAGCAUUGACGAUGCCACUGAUAUACUGUUUGGAAAAGCUGCCCGUGAAACCAUUGCAGGUGCCUAUUGGCUCUUUUAUACUCUCAGUUAUGGUGCUGCAGUGUUGACCGUCUCUAUUGCUUUCAACACUUUUAGCCAUCAUGGUAUGUGUACAGUCGGUUAUGUUGGCAUUGCAGCAUCAAUCACCUUUGUUCUUGCACUGUUCACAAGAACCAUGAAAGUCCUUUCAUGGUGUGGUUACAUAGCUGUUCUAUCUAUCUUCAUGGCUAUUUGGGUUGUUGCCAUUGCAUGCCUUACACAAUCGAGACCUGCUGCUGCUGAUGAUGUUGAAGGACCCGUCAGUGUCAUCGUCCAAGUUGCAGGCACGGGCUCGUCGUAUCAGAGCAUAGCCUCUUCGGUAGCUACUCAAUUGUUCUCGUUAUGUGGUGCGGCAUCUUUCUUCACAAUCCAUGCAGAGAUGAAGGACCAACACCAAUAUGCGAAAUCGCUGCUGAUGGGCCAAUCUUUCAUCGUGUUCAACUACAUCGCAAUUGGAUCUAUCAUGUAUGCUAAAGUCGGCCAGUACAUUGCCUCACCAGCUUUGGGCUCUGCGGGAGAGCUUUUCCAACUCAUUGGCUAUGCCAUUGCACUUCCAGGCUUGCUGUUCUCAUGUUUCUUCCAAGCCCACCUUCCAGCCAAAUACGCACUGGUUCGUGUUCUCAGAGGCUCUCACCACAUGCAGAGGAACACCAUGGUACAUUGGCUUACCUGGACUGGAAUGAUGUUCAUUGUGAUCAUCGUUGGAUUCGUCAUUGCCUGUGCAAUUCCAUUUUUCAAUGAUCUUCUAUCGCUUAUUGGGGCCCUGUUUGGUAGCGCAUUUGCACUGAUUAUUCCUGGUCUCAUGUGUCUUUACGAUAUGAACUACAGACACACUGGAACUGCACCACAGGACCUGAGCUGGAUCUUCAGAUCGAAUGGUUGCUGGGGCAGUACCGGACGUAACAAGAUAGAUGUCUGCUUCAGCUUCCUUUGCGUGGCUAUUGGUGUCUACAUCUUAUGCACUGGAGUGUAUGGCUCUGUCGCCAACAUCGCAGAUGCCUACGCUAGUGGGGCCAUUUCUGGUGCGUUCUCCUGUGAUGAUAACUCUUGAUGAUGUUUAU